AUGAGUUUGAAAGCCUUCACUCAAGUGCAAGUCUAUGAAAAACCUCCCACCCCUAAAGAAAAAUACAAAUUCAGCAUCCAUAGCCUGGAGUGUUAUGACAGAAAUAUAUACAUUGGAACCAAAGACUCAUUGGUCCAACACCUUAUCCUACCCAGCACCAGUGACCCAAAGGACUCCAGUCAAUGUCCUCGGGAAGGGAGGGCGAAACUGCUAGGUUCAAGCAGCCCAGUCACCCAAUUAAAGGUGAUACCAGUUCUCAAUCACCUUCUGGUUCUGUGGGACCAUUCCGUUAGCGCCCUCAACAUGUUCUCCCUAGAACCCCUUCCUUCGCUGAAGCGGAUCCAACACGUGUCUUUCUUUAAGGUGUGUGAAUCGGCACUGUCAACCUCAUCGCAGUCUGUGUGUGUGGAGCUGGUGACAACCUCUAGCAGGAGCAGAGUGGUCCGGAUCCAUGUCGUGGGGGUGGAGAGAUGGGAUUGUGUUAAAGAGGUGUCUCUACCCCAGGACCCUGUGGCCUUAGCUGUGGAUGAUACCACUUUGUGUGUGGCUACCAGUGACAGGUAUUUCCUCCAUGAUCACAAGAGUGGGAGCACCGUUGAUCUCUUCCCUCACAACCUGAGCAGGCAGAAUAUAAUUGUGAGCACCGCAGGAAAAGGGGAAUUCCUUUUAAAUGGGCCCGGCUCCUUGGGUAAGAGCUAUUGUCGUGAAAACAAUUACACUCGCAUGCAGCACAUGCUCUGUGCCCUUCAAAAGAAUGCCUUUGGACAAACACAUCUGACACAGACACCUUAUAGACAGCUACAUUGUCAGAUUUUAUAGUCAAGCUCUGUACCUGUACAUAAUAUAAACAAUUACAUACUAGUAGCUUAUAAUAAAUAAUUUGGCAUGUUCAUAUCACCGUUCAUGACGGCAGUGAACACAGAAGGAUAAAAAUCCACUGGUGGGAAAUUUAUAGAUUUCCUGUUUUUACACAUUUACUGUAAGAUAUACUUAUAAACUACAAAAUGAGUGGCUAAUAUGUGUUAUUUAAAAUAAAGUGUUGGUUGGUACAGUUUACAUAUCUAUAGGAUAUUUGUUGUAUAGAUGUACUAUCGUUUCUUUGCCACAGGCGUGUUUGUCAUGAAGAAUGGCAUAUGCCAGCGGCCUCCAGUGCAGUGGUCUGAGGGGUUGUUGGCAGCGGUGGUGUGUUACCCCUACAUUUUGGCCCUGCAGCCUCAGGCUCUCUAUGUCUACAGUAUGGUGGAUCAGCAGCUCAAACAGACUGUGCCUCUGCUUAGAGCCAAGGGCCUACUCUCAACAACAGGUACACUGUAAAACCAUCCUGUUAUUAUCCCGGUAAAUUAUUGUAUAAUCAACAGUAUCAGAACCGUGCUUCUACACCUGCAUUACUAGCUGUUUGGGGUUUUAGGCUGGGUUUCUGUACAGCACUUCGAGAUAUUAGCUGAUGUACGAAGGGCUAUAUAAAAUAAAAUUGAUUGAUUGAUUGAUCAUACCGUAUAAAAUGAAUACAGUAGAUUACCGUAAAUUACAUUGCAUUGUGAGAAAAUAUUCAACGGCCGGGAAAUAUUUGAUGUAUUUUGGACAUUACUGUAAUAUUUGAUGUAUUUUGGACUUUACUAUAAAAUAUGCUACGUAAAAUACAGUAGCAGUUCACUUACAGUAUUUCUGAAUUUUCAAAAUAUAACGUCACACAAAAGCACAAGGUCGACAAAAUCAAAGUACAUCCUUUAAAAUAAGAAAUAUUUAAUGGCUUGUAACUUCCACCCCACAGAAAAAAGACCGUACAGUAUUUUUGGAGCGCCAAAAAACUUUUGACCACUAUUGGGUGCAUGUUAUUGUUGUUUCUGGCUUAUUAACAUAUUUUGAGGCAUGCCUUGUAAGAGUCUAUAUUUGUGCCACCCAUUAGUGAGAAUGCUGCACCAAUUUAACUGAAAUGUGGUAGUAGUGUCCUAUCAAUUAAAUGUAUAUAAGCGAGAUAUUGGAGUUCCCGCAAGUCUUAAACCUAUAAUGGUUGAGUAUUUGACAUGUCCUUUGGUCUGUUUAGCCCUGUAGUCACUAUUUGGAAGCCUUUGUUAAGUCCUCUAGAAGUGCAAGUGAUGUAAAAUACCAACAUGUGGUCUUAUAUCACUUGCAUUUCUGGAGACAAAGGCUUCCAAACUGGCAUUCAUUGAUAUGCUGUAAUAUGUAAGCACAUUACCUAGCAGCCAACCUGCUUGAGCAAUCCGAUGUAAUUACUGUAAAAUACAAACCCCAUCUACCCUCAAUGAAUUCAAUUAAUUAAUUAAUCAACCCAUUAAUUAAUUCAUUAAUUCAUUACAAUUACCAUAAUACGAUCACUGUAAUGCACUGUACUGUUGUUUUACUGUAACUUACAGGCAGCUAGUUGCCGGUAAGUUACCGUAAAAAAAAACAGUAAAAAAAAGAUUACAGUAAUGGUAUUGAAUACUGUAAAAUACAGUACGGUAACACUGUACCUUUUUCUACGGUAACUUACAGGCAAUUGCCUGUAAGUACCGUAAAAACAACAGGAAAUGGUUUACAGUGUAUGGUACCAACGAACCAAUCAAGCUGCCAACCAAUAACACAUUUUAAUGUUUAUUCAUUUCAUUCAUUCAGUCAGUCAGUCAGUGCUCAUGACAAUGUUUAAUUGUGGUCAUUCUGCAUGCUAUGUUGUCAUACUGUUGGCAUACUGUGACUUCCACUUUGGUUCGAAUACUCUGUUUUGGGAUUCUGUCAGAUCAUAUCAAUGUUAUCCUCUCUUUAGAGGGUGUGUACAUUUUUAUGGAGAGAAAGAUCCUCGGUUUGUCCCAUGUACCAUUUGAAGAGCAGAUCCAAGCCCUUGUAAGGUGUGAGCGAGUGGAGGAGGCAUUGGUACUGCUUGGUGGAGUUCAAGCUCGUCUUUCACAUGUUUCUUACAAGGUAAUCACCAACAGUAAACAAGAUCUCCUUUUGACUCUGAAUAAAAUUGCCUAACUGAACACCAAGAAUUAGAACUGCAACUCUAACGUAAUUAAUCAAACCUGGUUAUGACUUUGAAAAUGAAAGGACUCAGGCCAGGCAGGCAAGUCAAACACAGACAAAGCAAGCUCUCGUACCCAAGGGUUCUUACAAAGUAAAACACACAUUAUAAACAGUUGAACAGAUGAUUAAUCUCUCAUAUUCCUUGACUCUUCCAUCCUAGAAAAGAAAGACAAAAACGAAUCCAACUAUUCACAUAUACAAUAGCCUAAUCCCCAGGACUAAAAGUUCAAAAUUGCAUCAGAACCUUAUUCUAUAUUAGAGCUUUAUAACUGAUGUGUAGACAGCAUAAAUAUGAAUACCACCAUAACAUGGUAUAUGAAUUUCAUAUUUCAUCAGGGUAAUCAUGUUCAUCAGUUAUUGAGCUGCACAUGGAGGUGUAUGAUGAAAUGCAGCAUGCACCAAGGCAACAGAUGUUUCAGAGAUUUGUUGGAAUCAUGGUAGAUUCUCAAGUUAUAGGUCAAGGGUUGAAUUGAGGAUUCUUGACUGAAUAUGCCUUCUGUUCAUGACUUAUUCAUUAUACUUUGUCUGUCUCGAAAGCUUUGAAAUCUGGGUUUGUGGGUACUACAUUUAGACAUAACGUAUUGCUCUUAAGAUUUAACUGCAAACACAUUACCUUCAGCCCCAGUGACUUGAGAAAAAUAAAUUGAUUUAAAAUAUGCUUAUAUGAAAUAUGUGCCAAAUCUAAGAAGAUAAGUGAUAUUAUUUGAUUUGACAAAUGUUGUAUUUGAUUUGACAGGAGCAGCAUAAGAUCAUCACUUGCAUGGCUGGAUUCAUUAAGUUCUACCAGGAGUCUUUUUCAGAGGCCAAAGAACUUUUUAUGUGAGGACAGUCCUUUUCCACAUCUUAUUUUCAGUAUGGACCCCUAAUUUAAGGAAACUACCUUAAACAAUAGUAAAAGUAGAUCAUAUGACUAGCAUUAUUUAUUGCUAGGUUAUAACAGUUUGAAUUAUUAGUUCUGCUGUCUGUUGAAAUGUUUCAUUAUUCAUUCCUGUUUUCAACAGCAAAGGUGAGUUGGACCCUAGAGAAAUCAUCAGCUUGUAUCCAGAGAUGGAACCACUCAGUGAGACCUUUCAGUCCCAGCUGGUCAAAGUGAACAAUGCAAAGGAGCUAUUGGCUCUACGACAAGAGGACAGGACCACAUUUCAACAGUAUCUAGACUUCCUGGGCGAUUUCCUAAAGGUGGUUCGAGGGACGGAGCAAGGAGUUGGGUGCAGUGAGGAUAUCGAUAAUGCACAACUGAGAAUAUACACAGAGCAAGGUGACAGAGAAGACCUGGACGAGCUUGUGUCCUCUCCCAAUUCCUGCUCAAUCGACAAAUGUGUGCCUCUCCUUGAGCUGCACAAGAGGUGAGAAUGGGUAGCUGUUCAGUGUAAACUGAGAACAACAUAUUUGAAUCUUGCAAUGUUUUGUUACAUAUAAUACUGCAAUAAUUUCAUUAUACUAUCAUCUCAGAUUUUUCACACUUGGAUUACUCUAUCAGAGUCAUGGUCACCAUAUCAAAGCAAUCCAGGUAAUCUUGGACGUUAGCAUGCAAUAAAAAUAUGAUUUGCAUUUAUUUUAAUCAGUCUAAUCGAUUGCAUAUUCUUUGUAUCAUACUUUGUACCAUCUUUGUGUUAUAAGACAGUGAUCAAUGAUCUAAUGUAGUUUCUGCUUAAAUUUGGACUUCAGACCAUACUGAAAAUAUGAUGUGUAAAAGGACUGUCAUCACAAACGUUAUUUGGCCUGGUAGACUCCUGGUAGAACUUAAUGUCCUUAUGAUGUUGCAGACUUGGGUGAAAAUUACUGAUGGGCAACAUGAAGACAGCUCAUGCUCAAAUGUGUAUGAGCACAUUGUGAGAACUCUCAGUCGACUAAAACAGAGAGACGUCGUCUGGACGUUUGCAGACUGGGCUCUACAAAGAAACCAGGAGGUAUCCGAGUAAUCCAUAUAGCUCAACUGUAGAGGACAGAGUUAUAUGAAGAAAAAGUUUUAAAUAAUAUGAUUAUAAUAAAUAACAUCAUUAUUUGAUUGGAACUAAACCUCAUGUUGACCUAUUUUAGUGACAUUUCUGUACUGUAACUUUUAAGGUUGGAAUACAGAUUUUCACAAAAAGACAUCCAGAGGACCAAGACACAUUUGCACAGGAGGAUGUCCUCACUUUCUUAAAGAAGUACUCUCUAGCUUUGGUGUUGUUCCUGGAAUUUUUGGUCUAUGAUUUGAAAAGCGAGGUUGGUACCACCAGUAUAUCAAUAGCACCACACCAUUUUUACCCAUAAUAAACUGUUGUUUGAAAUUAAAUAAAGGCACAUAUUUGUAUCCCCCCUCUUUUUAUCAUUUCUCAGGAGGAGAAGCAUCAUACCCUUCUGGCCACAGCAUAUGUCACCCAGAUACUCAGAGCCUUACAGGAAGGAAAUGGUACUGAUUCAGAUGGAAGAAUGACCAGAGAUAAACUGCAACAGUUGCUGUGGCAGUCUUCCCUCUAUGACACCAUGACAGUACAUGGUAUGUGAGUCAUAUGAAAAUGUAUCAUGCUUAAUGUAUGUAGGAAAUCCUUAGUCACAUAACUAUUUAAUCAAAACUACUUAGCAAGAUAAAUAUAAUUAUUACUCAUGUUGCACUCUAAGAAUUAUAUAUCUUACUAAACUCCAUAUUCAUUAGGAUUUAUGUAGCUUGCUAAACUUCAUAUUCAUUCACACUUGCUAAUUUGCUCCACAGUAACAAUAUUAGUUAUUUCUUCUCUCUGGAAACCUGAUUCCCAGGUUAGAUUGAAUAGUGUCUGUGAUUAGUGUUUUAUAAUAAUAUAAGUAUGACUGAUAUUACAGAGGCCAUCCAGCCGACAGCCCUGCACAUAGAGCAGGCCAUCCUGCUUGGGAGAGAUGGUAACCACUAUCAGGCCCUACAGACCUUGGUCCACAAAGAGAGAGACCUGCAGGUUGCAGGGGCCUACUGCAGGAGGGCUGCUGUAUGGCAGGGACGGGAACUGGAACACACCCUUUUCCUCACCCUGCUCCAGAUCUACCUGGGCUCCAAUGAGCUAGCGAGUGCAGCUGUGGACCUGUUGAAUGCCAAUGCUGCUGCCUUUGACCUGGAAAGAGUCCUCCAGGUUCUGCCGGAUUCCUGGUCUGUUCAGCUGGUCUCCCAGUUCCUGUUGGGGUCCCUUAGAGAGACUUUCCAUCAAAGACGAAUGGGAGGGGUAGAAAGAGGCCUGGCCCAGGUCGAACUCCUUAGACACAAGUACACUUGGGUGAGCACGUGCCUCAACAUUUUCACAGGGAUGCACUUGCUUUAUUUAUAAUGGGAAUCUUCAGGUAUUCAUAAUGCACAAGUUGAUAAUGCACAAAAUUUUAUCAAUGCAUGUUAUGCAUUGAGUUGACAUCCAUCUCUUGUCCCCUCAGGCCCAAGGCUCAAAAAUAAUGCUGAAAGUGGAUAAGGGUCUGGUGUGCAAGACCUGCCAGAAGGACUUCAUAGAGCCAGAGUUUGUGUGUAGUCUUAGUGGUGAGCUGAUUCACACUAACUGUGGAAGCUACACAGAGUAACUUCCACAAAUCCAAUGCAAGUCAGAGGUACCUAUAUUAGCAUUUUCCCACUUCAUGUCAAAAUCAUCUAUAAGUAACUUUAUUGAGUUACACAAUCCAUUUUUAGAUACUUUAGGAUGAUUUGGACAUGAUGCAUGAAAAUGCUAAUAAUUAUAGGUACCAUU